UUGACCUGAUGAUUUUGUUUGGCAAACCAAGAAACCCACCAAUCCCGAGUAACUUCUGGAUUAGUUCAAAAAGGAAUUGCUGGCACAGUGGCAGAGACUAGGAAGUGAAGAGGGCAGGCAGUCUUUGAUAAUUAGGGAAAGUUUCAGUUGGGCAACAGGAAAUUGCUUUCUAAACUCGAGACCUCGAAGCUCGAGCUCGCCGGAUUUCUUGUUGGGUACAUGGGUUCCGAUAAGCAGACCCCGGUACCCACCGUCGACGAAGAUCCGCUGACCCCGUCGACUGCCCUCCUCUCCUUCAACACAGAGGAUUCGUCCUCCGCCGCCGCCUCCAAAGGCAAGUCUUUCCUGACAGAGAAGCCCACCACCACCAUCGUUUUCAUCUCCCUCCUCCUCCUCACCUGCAUCGCCCUCUCCACCGCUGGUGCCUUGGCCCAGUCCCAAGCGGCCGCCCGUCCGCUCGUGAAGCUGCAGAGGCCGGUGGUUCUGCUGGUUUCCUCCGACGGGUUCCGGUUCGGGUACCAGUUCAAGACCGACGCCCCGAACAUCCGCCGCCUGAUCGCCAAUGGGACCGAGGCUGAACAGGGCCUGAUCCCGGUCUUUCCCUCACUCACCUUCCCGAAUCAUUACUCGAUCGUCACCGGACUGUACCCAGCCUACCAUGGUAUCAUCAAUAACUUUUUUGUGGACCCUAAUACGGGGGAUAACUUCACCAUGGCGAGCCACGAGCCGAAGUGGUGGCUCGGGGAGCCGCUGUGGGAGACCGUCGUCAAGCAUGGACUCCGGGCGGCGACCUACUUCUGGCCUGGGUCUGAGGUCAACAAGGGCCCUUGGACGUGCCCCAAGGAAUUCUGUAAGUUCUACAAUGUGUCGGUCCCCUUCGAGGAAAGGGUUGACACCGUGUUGAGCUACUUUGAUCUGCCGGCCCAGGAAAUGCCCGCUUUCAUGACGUUGUAUUUCGAGGAUCCUGAUCAUCAGGGUCAUAAGGUGGGCCCUGAUGAUCCCCAGAUCACUGAGGCAGUUGCGCGGAUCGAUCAGAUGAUGGGGAAGCUGAUCAAGGGUUUGGAAGAAAGAGGGGUUUUCGACGAUGUUAACAUAAUCAUGAUUGGUGAUCAUGGAAUGGUGGGCACCUGCGAUAAGAAGCUGAUUUUCCUGGAUGAAUUGAACCCAUGGAUCGAAGUUCCUCCGGAGUGGGUCCAGUCGAACACCUCAUCGCUCGCAAUUAAGCCACCACCGGGUGUAUCGCCAGCUGAUGUCGUAGAGAAGAUGAACGAAGGCCUACAGUCAGGGAAAGUUACCAAUGGGAAAUACCUGAAGGUUUACCUUAAAGAAAACCUUCCGAGCAGGCUCCACUAUGCGGCAAGUGAUCGUAUCGCCCCUAUAAUUGGUCUCAUUGAUGAAGGGUUCAAGGUGGAACAGAAGAAAUCGGAGCGUCAAGAGUGUGGUGGAGCACACGGGUAUGACAACAGCAUCUUCUCGAUGCGCACCAUAUUUAUUGGCCAUGGCCCGAAUUUUGCUCAGGGAAGGAAAGUCCCGUCCUUUGAGAAUGUUCAGAUUUACAACCUCAUCACUUCGAUCCUGAAGAUACAGGGUGCACCCAAUAACGGGUCAUAUUUGUUCCCGCGGUCUGUUCUCUUGUCUACCCCUUGAUGUGGAUCUGAGAAUCGGCUCGGGGUAUUAUUUCAAAGGCACUAAGCUUAUGCCGAUGCCAGCAUAGAUGGCUGUUAGUGUAGGAAUUGUAAUGCCGCAUAGGAGUAGAAAUGUAAGGAUUUUAGACUCCUGGGGAUCACCUGUCGGGCCGUGCAUACGAGUAGCAAAUAAUGCGCCAUCCAAAACUUUGGUUCCCCAUUGAUUACGAGCUCUGCGUGUAAGAAGCUUUGAUGUUGUUGAACGCUUGAUGUAGGAUGAUCUCAAAGGUUUAUUCUGGUGUUGUUUAUUCAUCUGCUUAGUCCAAAAUGUUAGUAUGACAUAUUGCUGGAUGGUUGUUCAAACUUGAGCGGCUCAUGGAUGUCGUGGUUUA